AUGUCCUCGCUACAACGCUCGCGCUCCCUGCGCAAGCCUACUUCUACGGCUACGAGCACCACUGAUGCAGAGCGCCAUGGCUCGCCGAGUCGCCUGCCCAUCAAGCCUCUUACUAGGAGCGCAACAACGGCCAGCAGUACUACCACCACCACGAGGACAUUGAGGAGCGGGUCAACAGGCCUCACGAGGUCAACAUCGGUGAGGCAGCCUGUAAAGACAGCGACACAUGAGCCUCCAAAGAGGGAGUCGACGAGGUAUCCUCCGUCCACAACAGCCACAAGACCUCGACCAGCGGUGAGGCCAACUUCAGCAGAUGGCCAGCCUACACAGACAAAGAGGGUUGUUUCGCAUGGGCGUGCUAAGAGCACAACUACCGGGCUAAGAAACGCUCCCGUUUUAAGGCCACCCUCGUCAGGUUCGUCGUCCAGCGGUACGACAACGACUACCACCACAGCGACCCGUCCCCUCCGGUCGAGAACCGCAGGCAGCCAUGACAAGCCCGCAAAUGCUGCCAUAGCCCACGCACCUCAUCUUCGACCAGCUUUUACGACUCUACAACAACACUACUCGCCAGCCAAGUCCUCCGCGCCGAAACCUCUGACGUCGACCUUCCUCGCUCCACCGUCCCCGUCGAAACUCCCGGCCAACGUUGCCGCCUCUGCCGAGACGAGUCGACUACAGACCGAGCUUCUACAACUCCAUCUCUUACACAAGGAUGCAACUGCUGUGGACACUGCCUGGCGCGCUAGCGCUGAGCGCAAAUUAGGAGAACGAUUCUCAAAGCUUGCCGUCGCAAGCAAGCAGGCUGACGAUCGCGAAAGGGCCGAGGUUGAAAGAGAAAACGUCUUGGUUCUUCGCAAUUGGGCCAUUGGCGGCGGCCUGGAGGAGCGCAUCCAGACGCUAGAUGCAGUGGUCAAUGGCGUCUGGACCCUCGGCGAGCCUGGAGGUCGCUAUGCGAGGGUCGUCAGACGGUUCGAGCGGUGGGUUGACCGCAUGUGCGAGAUUGAAGAGGCGCGCCGCGAGGGCGGAGCCCUCUUGCAGGAGAGCGAGGUUCUAUUUAUCGGCGAGCUGGAGACUGCGUGGAAGGAAGAAUACACAGGGCUUGUCCGACGCCUAGAGACAUUGGGGAGACAGCUGGAGGAGUUGGGGCACUUUCCUGAGACCGACGACGGAGAUAAGACUGCAGAGCGGUCGAGCCUGCAGCGGAUGGUGGAAGGUUCGCGUGCCAUGGUUGAAGGAAUGCUGGCAGAGCUGGCGGUCAUGGAAGACAUUGAGCGUGACGCGCUCGCCCGAGAGGACGACUGGAUCGAGAGGAUGAACCGGGAAGAAGAUAUCGAUGAUACCCCUAGGGCUGGAGCGAUCUGGCGAGUCGUUUAA